AGACGCCCAGUCUGUGGUCGGCCGCUGUGGAGCCAGCACGCCUGCGAGCGCCAGAGAGAGAGAGAGAGAGAGAGAGACGAGUCCCCUCCCAGAGUGACAAGUUGUGAUACCGGGCCGGCACCCUUCCGCGCGCGCGCGCGACACGCACUCCCAGUGCACGCCCGUCGCCCGUCAGUCGUCUGACGCGCUCCCCGCCGCCCCCGCCCCGCACGUCCCCGACGUGUGGCACCCCGGCGCCGUGCUGGCCGACUACCCCGCCGCCGGCUCCUUCUUCGAGGGGAGCCCGACCCUCCCCCUCGCAACGACGGCGUCGCUACCGGUUGCCACGAUGAUGGAUCCUCAGAUUCUCCCGGGAUACGUGCGCAGCGUCGAGCCGGAGUACGAGAGGACAAGACAGAUGAGUCUGCGGAGCGCCCCGUGGGGGUUUGGGGGCCCAAACAGGGUCGCCCCACGGGGCUCCAACGCCCGUCCGGGCACCCCCCAGGUAACCAGUUUGGGUAUGGAUAGUAUGGCCCUGGCUGAGCAUACGCGCUUCAACGGGCUGAUGGCACACCCCGGCGUCAACGUCAUGGCCAACGGCUUGGCCAACGGCCUCGCCAACGGCACCUCGCACACGGGGCUGGUGCCCACGGUGCCGGCCGUGCCCACGGGCUCCAUGGUGCCUGUGCAGGCCAACGGCCACGCCAGGAUGCAGAUGAAGAUGGAGGCUGCGUCGGCCGCACAGCAACAACAACAGCAACAGCAGCAGCAGCAGCAGCAACAACAGCAACAACAGCAGCAGCAACAACAGCAGCAGCAGCAACAACAGCAACAGCAGGCGGCCAUGCUGAAUGGUUGUGGACAGUCCAGCAGCGCCUCCAACGGCAGUACGUCACCCGGCAGGGUGUCCCCUUCGGCUGCGGACCCCGCACCUGGCAAGCUGUUCGUCGGCGGUCUCAGCUGGCAGACCUCGUCGGAGAGGCUAAAGGAAUACUUUGGAAUGUUCGGCACCGUCACAGACGUUCUUAUCAUGAAGGACCCCAUGACACAGAGAAAUCGUGGCUUUGGAUUUAUCACAUUUCAAGAUGCCGACACAGUUGAGAAGGUCCUAAAGGUUCCAGUGCAUACCCUCGAUGGGAAGAAGAUUGACCCCAAACAUGCAACUCCUAAAAACAGAGGACGAGUUGCCAAUCGUACCAAGAAAAUCUUUGUUGGAGGAGUUAGUCAAGACACAACAACCGAGGAAGUGAAAGCAUACUUCAACCAAUUUGGAAAGGUGGAGGAAACAGUUAUGCUAAUGGACCAGCAUACAAAGCGACACCGUGGCUUCGGCUUCGUGACAUUUGAGCAGGAGGACGUGGUGGACCGGGUAUGUGAAAUCCACUUCCACACCAUCAAGAAUAAGAAGGUCGAGUGUAAAAAGGCUCAGCCGAAGGAGUCAGUGGCUGCUGCCAACCUGGGCGUCAACGGCCUGCUCUUAGGCAAGAGGAUGUUGAUGCGGGUUGGCCCCACGGCUGCACCUACAGCUGCCACCCAGCUGGCUGCUGUGCAGGCUCAAGCCGCGGCUCAUGCGCAGGUGGCGGCGAACCAGCUGGCCGCUCAGGCGCAGGCCCAGGCCGGCUACGGCAAGCUGUUCAGCGCCUACCCCUUGGCGUCGUACCGUUAUUCACCCUACCCCCUGCAGGCGAUGCCUUCAGCGAACCCCACCCAGGCUGCUACCCCAGCCGCCCCACCUGUACCCGCCCCUGCCAACCCUUACCAAGGCUACUCACUCACAAAUGUGGACAUGUCAAGCUUCCAGGGUGUAGACUGGAGCUCAAUGUAUGGUAUGGGCAUGUACGUGUAGGAGAUCACGUAGAGAGGAUGGGGAAGGGAAGGGUUGGGGGAAGCAAUAAUUGGCAAUAACCAGUAUUAUCACGUAAUGGUACUUGCAUCUUCCAAGUUUUUGAAGUUUUUUUUCAUCCCCUUUCGUUUUUGUUUCCUUACAUUUCAUACAGUUAGUUUUUCCUCUAAGUAAGGAUAUAUUUCUCAUUGCGUAGGAAAAAUACCCAUUGUAAACCUGUAAAUUUAAGCAUAAGGAAUAUUCUUUAGAAAAAGCAAAUUUAAAUUCAUAUUUUCUUCUGAGUCUUUUCUUAACUUUUCAGUUUUUGAAAGUGAUACCUGUUUAUCUAUGGCUAACUUUUUCUCUAUGUAUUGAUUCCCCAUUUGAGUAUAUAUUGUUCUGUCAGUCUGUUGCUUUGAAGAAAGCAAACGCAGUUAAAAGUUGACAAAGCUUCAAUGCUGCUCCCAGUGUUUGUCUGUGAACUCUUUCCAAAAUAACAAUAUGUUGUAUAUUGUGCCGAAUUUUAAGCCUUCAAAAUUUUUUCAAGAUACUGCUGUGCUUUUUCAUCUAAUAUUUCAUGUCAUGGUUAAUUGUUGUGUGUAAAUUGGGUGCCAUAUGAAAAUGAUUAGUGAGCAUUGUUAUGAGAGUAUUAUCAAGAAAAUGUUUCUUGGAUCUCAAAGAUAGCAUACCUAGGUGUCAAGUUCCGUUAGUAAUCGUACAGUAUCCUAGUGUUUAUUCAAUGGGAUGUACAGAGGGGCUUGUUGUCUAGUCAUUAGCCUUAUGAGGCUACCCAAUCCCUCUGUACUGCCCCUGCUAAGACUGACAACAACAGACACUUGAUGUUUUUCUCAGUGGCGUCACAUUCAGGAUAUUUCAACUAUGGUUACAGCAUAUUUUAAGGGAUCCAGUUUUCAUUAUGUUCCCUCUCGAGUAGAAAAAAAAAAUCUCUGGUUAAUGACAUUCCAUAGCAGUCAUAAAGGGGGAGGGGAAAGACGCCUAUAGUUUGAAAAGGCUCCUCAUCAGGCCAUUUUGACUUGUUUAUGAAACAAUUCUAUUUGAACAUGUUCUUAAUUAAUAUUCAUGAUUGGUCAUAAUUUGCUGGUCAUUUUUGCUCUCCUCCCCUUUUGUUUAUUUUGUCUUUAGGGUUGUGUUCAAUUAUUUAUAUGGUUUUACCUGCGGUUCAACCAAGACCAUUUGUUUUGUUACUAUUUAUGAUUAGAUUAGUUCUCCGCAUGAUAUUUAUCUCCAAUAUGUGGACAUGAGCAUUGGAGUUCAAUCCUUAUCUGUAAAGAUUUAAAAAAAUCCACGUAAGCUGUGAUCAUAAGUAUUUUAUUUUGUUUUAAAAGUUAAAGAAGUACAAAUUGGCAAGUGUUCUUAUUUAUUUCUUUUUUUUUUCCUUUUAAAACCCUCUACUAAAGAGGUAUGCUGGCUAGUUACUUAAUUUAUUUCUUUUCCCACUCAGCAAUCUUUGUGAGAUUUUUUCCCCAGUGAAAUUGCUGAUGUAUGUAAUUAUUAGGUCAUGAUCCUCUGUUUUUGUGUUGGAUGUUUAUGACCAAUACCAGUGUUCUCUUCUUUUAGCCCUUAAACACUAAUGGGCAGACUAUUUUAUUAAAUAGUUUGAGGUGUUUUCCUUAGCUUUGCUAUCUCUUCAUUAUACCUACUUGUGCAUUUGUCUUGCACCCAAUUUUGAUGGAUAUGUGUGCAGGCAUCUCUUUUCUGAACUACUUCAGAUCAAUUGUUAUUCAUUGAUAGUCAUUUUGUAUUAGGUAUAUAAGUCAAAGAAGGUCAUUGAAGUAUUAGGAAGACAUAAUGAUACAAUACUCUUUCUGAUACCAAUAGUAGUGCUAGCACCAUUCUCUGCAAAACCUUCAAACUUUGAAUCUAUUUAUUGAAACUUCUUGAUAGAGCUAUUUGAGUGGAUGGAAAAUGGAUAGGAGAGGCGAAACAAACUUUCUGCUUUAUAUUAUUUCAAGUGUGCUAGGCUUAAGGUAAGAUGCUUUUUCUUGUACUUAACACACUAUAGUGUGAAUGUAUAUUAAUUCCAAAGAGGGUUUUAGCAGAGAAUUUCCAUGAGUGAUGUGGUAAUCAGUUCCCAACCACCCGUAUUAUGCCACACUCUGAAAACAAAAACUUUACACUGAAAGCUUUAAAGUUUGAAUCAUUGUACCCUUGGGUUAUUGUCUCUGUAUUCAUUUUCCUUGUUCAUUUUCCCAUUUGUAUGUGGGUGACAAUAUACUAUAAACAAUAUUGAACAGCAAUAAGUGUUUGAAAAAGAUCGCAGAUGUGAAAACCCUCUAUUUUUGUAUUUAAUUCAAGAUAAGCGAAUAAAGUUUGUCUUAUUUCUUUAAUGCUCUUGUGGUGUUAACUUGCACCGGUAAUGAUUAUUCUGAAGUUGGUGCAGACAAUGUUUUGUCUUAUCAAUUUGCCAUUCGGCCUUCUCCCAUGACUGUUUUUAGUUUAGCUCCAAUAUUUGGUGGUUUGUUGGAUUUUAAGGUUGUAGAGAUAAAUUACACCUGAUAAAUAGUUACUUUAGAGUUAGAUGUUCUUUUGUAGUUAUGUGUGUAGAAAUAGGCUGGUGCUGGAUGGCUCGGACAUUUGCCAUCUAGCUGAGGAAAAUUAUGCACAUGUAGAUGGUUUCAAAAUAAAUGUAGUUUGAGUAGAAA